GAUCGGAUUGAUUAUCUGUUCGAGCCUAGCACUUGGGAGGAUUGUAUGUUUGAUCCUCCUCCUUCGGGUAAUGACACAACCCAGCAAUCCAACUGCUCCACGUAUCCGUAGAACUUCGUCGACUGCUUCACACGUCCUAGCUGUCAGCCUUACGUUUCAGGUGGCUUGCACCCUACACAUGGCGAACACAUUGCUCACAGACCCAAGGGGGCGGAAUGAUUGGGGGCCGCAUGGCGUCAGGGGUCUGCGGGCUAGGAAAUGGUCAGUGUGCCGGUCUGUGCCCGCGGAUCCAAGUCAAUCGAGAUCUGGUAGGAGAUUCAGUAGGGAUUCGGUGCUGUGAUAGCCGGAACCCUGGGUAUGAUUCUGGUCGAUGUGGUAAUUUUGUAAGAUUAUAUUGAUGGAAAUGGCAA